GGCGCAGCCUCGCCGUGACCCGGGGGAAGCGCGGCCGCGGAGCCGGAAGCGCCUCCGGUUGCCAGGGGAACGCCACGCCGGCGCGGAGCGGGCGGCUGCGGCUCUCCCAGCUCGUGGAGGCGGCUCUGUCCCGGACCGCACCUCCCUCCGCGGAGGCAGAGCGGGGGAAAGCCUGGGAGUGGCCCGCGGCAGCUACCGUCCCGGAGACGACGGGCGAGGCCGUCCAUCCCCUCACCGGCUCCGGGCCCGGGGACUAACCUCGACGACAGCUGGUUUGUAAAUAUCUGAAUCGCAUUAUGGGAUUGCUAGACAGACUUUCAGGGCUGCUGGGCCUGAAGAAGAAGGAAGUGCACGUCCUGUGCCUUGGGCUGGAUAACAGCGGCAAAACAACCAUCAUCAACAAGCUCAAACCUUCAAACGCUCAAACUCAAGAUAUAGUUCCAACAAUAGGAUUCAGCAUAGAGAAAUUCAAAUCAUCCAGUUUGUCUUUUACAGUGUUUGACAUGUCAGGUCAAGGAAGAUAUAGAAACCUCUGGGAACACUAUUAUAAAGAUGGACAAGCCAUUAUUUUUGUCAUUGAUAGUAGUGAUAGAUUAAGAAUGGUUGUGGCCAAAGAAGAACUUGAUACUCUUCUGAAUCAUCCAGAUAUUAAGCACCGCCGAAUACCAAUCUUAUUCUUUGCAAACAAAAUGGACCUUAGAGAUGCAGUGACAUCUGUAAAAGUGUCUCAGUUGCUGUGUUUAGAGAACAUCAAAGAUAAGCCAUGGCACAUUUGUGCUAGUGAUGCCAUAAAAGGAGAAGGAUUGCAAGAAGGUGUAGACUGGCUUCAAGAAAAUACACUACAAUCAGAUCCAAGCUGUGAAGACAUGAAAAGAUAGUAUUUGUAAAGCUCAACAAUUGUCAAUUCAAGGAAUAUAUCUUAAAGCAAACUGAAUACAUUAAACUUUUUAAAGAUGUUGGUACAUCUAAGAAUAUUUUAUAAUCUGCUUGCAUUUAUGGACUCUGAAUAAAGUUUAUAAGAAUAUAAGAUUUCACAUAUGCUAAUUUGGCCAUUAAUUAUAUGAAAAUAAAUCCUCGGAAAGGAUCCCCAGAAUAUCAACCUCUUGGUAAAAGUCUAUACUUGUUCGUAAUGAGAAUGUUAAAGUCCAUCUCAAUAUCUCAUCGUGAAUUAUGAUAUCUUCAGUGUAUUUUUUAAUUGUCUUAAAAAAAAGUUAUAGUAUGACUGCAAUAGGAUUGUGCUUGUGAAAAAGAACUUUAAAUAUUUAUAAGGGACCAUGGGUGAUUAAUGUAUAUUUUUACUAUAUGUCUAUGUCACCAUCAAUAAAACAUAAAAUACAUCAACUAGUGUGCUUUGUUUAUGCUGAAAUAAUAAUGCUGUGUUAAUAUGGCACUUGGUAUUUUACUGUCAAAUAUUUGUCAACCUGAGACCAAGUUAUGCUGAAGUUAUUUAUCCAAUGAAUAUGUAUUGGGUAACUCUAUACCUGUACUAGUUUGACACUAUACUAUGCAAUGAUGAUAGAAGGUAAAUUAAACAUACUCCUUCUCCUCAGAGAACUUAAAAUUUAAUGAGGCAGAAUUUGAGAAUUUUAUAAUAUAUUAUUUAAUUUUUUAUUUCAUUGGCUGAAUGAAAAUAUUUUAUACUAAGACUGAGUUAUUAAAAUGAGUUAAUGUGUGAUUCUUCAAUUAUUAUAACUGACUUUCUUUAAAAUUCCUCCAGUUUACUAUAGCACUUUGUUGAAAUAGAUUGUGACCAAACUGUUUGUUUUUUUUCUGAACAAAAACUGCUACAUAAAUGUUUUUUAGAAUCUCAGUCUAUAGACAUAUCUCAGUCUUUAGACAUAUCACAGUAUAUAAAUUGUGUUAUUCUCAAAACUUAGAGACCACUUGGAAUUAUGAACUCUAAAUAGAACCUUUGGUUUUAAAUUAAUCACUGGGAAACAGUAUAGAAAGCAGUGGUAUAAAUUCUGGAAAAUAUUGUAUAUAAAGAAAAACUGGAAUAUUUGUUGUGUAACAUCUUAAACAUACUUAGCUAUGGAAAUUAUAAAAAGCAGGCAAAAGGUGAGCAUUAAAGAUGUGAUAUAGUAACUGUGGGAGUGAUAUGUUUCAGAGAUUCGAAUAAAAUAAUUUUAAAACUACAGUAAAA